AUGUAAUCAAUAGAGAAGGAAGAAAUUCCAUACUUCAAAUUUUGUUAGAAAUUGGGUGGAGUGAAAAUGAAAGACAUCUACAUAUCACCUACCAAGGCAGCAACAUUUCUUCAUCUAAUCAAUAAUAAAUGCCCAAAAUAAACUGCUCUUCAAUUUGCCCAGAGAAGGAUUUGCAAAUGGGACACUACUAUUAAAAUGGAUGGACCUAGCACAUGUCGUAUUUUGAAACCUAAAGAUAAUAGAGAUAAAAGAAUAAAUGGAUGGUAAAAUAUUGGCAUGGAGAUGUAUUAUGAUAAUAAGGCAACUGUAGCUGACAAAAAUUAAUUAGAGUUAGAUUUUGAUAAUGAUGCCAUUUAGAAAUAAAUAGAAAAGAAUGAAAUGAAACUGAAGAAUGAUUUCAAAAACAAAAUAGUCCAUCUAUAAUAAUUCUAUAGAGAUCUUAAUCAGAAAUACUCUUUUAAUUCAAAUGAUCCCGAUUUUAAAAGCAAAAUUAAGAAGGCCAAAUUUGAUUUACUAAAUAGCAGGAAUUUGCCUGUCAAAUAUUUCAAAGCCAAAGGAAUGAAAUACAUUGAAAUCUAUAAUGAAUUAAAUAAAAAGAUGGCAAAUGACUCAAAGGAUGGUCUUCUAAAGCGUUUGCGAGUCUUCAAUUAACUAAGAACUGAUUAGUAUCAAGUCAAGGAAAAAUCUAUGGCUGAUCUCUAUAAGAAGAAAGAAAACUACAGUCCAACUCAUAAAGAACUUCAGCAUGAUGUCAAGAUCUAUGAUAAUAUGGAGGAAUAGAGUGAGUAAAUGUUGAAGAUCAUUGAUUAAAGCAAUGAAUUUUCCAUGAAACUCAAAUAAAAAGAUUAGAAGAUUGGCGUGUCUUAAAAGGCUAUAGUGUUUGCUGAAGAUUUUAAUCGAACAAAAUACAUUUUCAAUUUGACUAAAUAGAAUCAAAUGCAAAAAAUGUUUGAAAUACCUGAAAUGCCACAAUUGUUGAUACCUCAAAGUAGUUCAAGUAUCAGACUGAAAAAGAACUUAUCAUCUCCUAUGAGUAUGGAUGAGCAAUUUGAUAGUUGUCUCAAUUAGUAUGCUCAUGAAGUGUUAGAAUAUCAAUAGGAAAUGCUGGACAAAGAGAUUUCCACUGACAAUAUUGAAAAACUAUUGUAAGAGAAGGAGAGUCUGAGAUGUAGUUAGAUGAGGAAAGUGUCCAAAACAUAUCAUUCUCCUCAACCGAGUUCUCGUUUAGAUUCAAGUAAGCAGAUGAGAAAUUAACAGUUGUCAUCAAGAGAUAGGGAAUCUACGAAGGCUGGGAACUCAUUUCAUUUAAAAUCAAGGACCUAUGCUGUAAGUCCUUUUAGUAAAUGA